AUGCCCAGGGAACUACAAGCCCGGGUGCUUCUCCGUUGCAAGCGUUUCGGCGUAGCCAAUGCUAUGUCGAUAACAUUCCGCGCAUUGGUUGCGAUAUCGGCUUUGGUGCUGGUCUCAGUUGCCCGAGAGAAGUGUGAUGGCGUCCAACCUCAAUGCUUCUCCUGUGUUACCUUGUCGCGGCCAUGUACAUACAAUGUCGCACCGAAGAAGCGCGGCGUCCAGACCGGCUUGAUCCGAACUCUCGAGCUUGCCCUCGUAUGGCUCUUCGACCAGGUUCCUGGAACAGAAGAGAAGCUGGCGGGUCUACUCACGCAGGAGGGGGGUGGCGGCCAAUCUCUCCUCCUCGACAAAGACAGCGAGGCAGGCAAUCGCCUUCACAAAAGAUGGAGGAGAUGCCGCGUCCAUAAGGAUAUUGACCGGCUCCUAUCUGGCAAGGACGGCAUAAGCCCACGCCAGGAUACUUCCGGAGACGAAUCGGAUGCUGAAGGUGAUGGCCGCAACAAACGGAACGGGGAGACUCCGUUGGAUGGUCCUGACAUCUCUCCGCAACCUAACGCCGUUGACCGUAAACCAGACGCCCAAAAGGAACCAGUAUCGAGGCAACGGCAUGGCUCCAGGUCUCGGCGAAGGUUCAAGUUACCAAGAAAUUUUCCUCGAUUAUUAGAGGUGUACUAUUCGUACACCCACAGUUGGCUUCCCAUAUUAAACUCUAAAGAAACUCUCGAUAGCGCUGCGGCCUCGUAUCCUCCAGACGGUCUCGAUAUCGACCCGGAAGACUCAAAUAACAGUGCUGCUCAUGCUGAGCUCUGGUGCGCUCUUGCCGUCGGGGCAUUCCAGGAUGCGGCAUCAUCACAGCCUCCAGGAGGUUCAGAACCACCUGACCGGCCCAGUAUGAUAACAGCAGCAGCCCGUAGUCUCAUACCAGUAGAGACUGACAUGGCACUGGGCCAUGUGAAAGCACUUCUAGUGCUGUCCUUGGUGAAGCUGGGGCAGGACAACGCCGCAGCAGCUUCUCUAUUGAUCGGUCUAGCCGUCCGGGGCGCCAUGGCCCUGGCAGAUGGACGAUCACGAAACGGCGGAAGAGAACCGAUCUCGGGCCUGUCGGCUUCUUCGACGCAAGAAGCAUACUCGACGGCUUUGGACCGGGUCUUGAUGACCUGUCUUAUGCUGGACACCAUCGUUUCCUUAAGGCUUGGUCAGACGCCGCACAUGAGGACAAACGACAUGAAGGAUAGGCCGACAGAGGAGAACGGAUCAGAGGAAUGGGCACCAUGGACGCCCAGAGCUGGAUUCGGAUUGGAGGACGUUGAAGCUGCUGUACAGCCUGCACAGUCUUUGAGCUCCUUCAAUCAGCUCUACCAAUUCUUCCGCACACUGAACCAGAGUGUUGAGUCUGGGGGGGCGGGUCCAAAGAUUGGUGCCGCGAACCUUGUUCAAGUGCUUGAUCCUCGUUUCUCAUUUUGCAAUUCAGUAGUGUUUGGAGCGUCGACGAUACCCAUACUCCCAUCGGCUUUCCUCAUCCAGGCCACCUUCCUCGGCGCGACCUUGACUUUGAUGGCCGACCCUCGAGUGUCUCUGAUCUGGAGUCUGAUGGAAGUUUUGGAGAGUUCGAUUUCCCACUUUGGCGCAGCCGGCGUCUCGCCCCUCCUGGUCACAUAUAUGAGCAUCGCAAAUACCAAAAGUUGCGUCAAAGCUCUCCGGGAUGAUGAUAAGACGCGGUGGAACUCACUGAUGGGUAAUCUGAUGUCUGUCUGGCAAGAUCGGACGACGAACGUGGAUUCUUCUUCUAUGGAAGCGGAUCCGAGCGAGCAAACACCAGCUCAGGCCGAGCCGGCUGUGAAUCAGUUCUCGCAUCACCCAUCAUCCGCUCGCAGGGACUCGCAUUUUCCGCACUUCUCGAUGCCUGCGGACUCUUAUCAUCAUCCUAAUAGCAACGGAUUUUUACCAACAGCAUCAUCCGUCAGUCCGUCAACGGCAAGAACCAUGCCAUUUACGCCAGGGAGCCAACUGGAUGCAUUUCCUUCCGGCUUCAUGGGACAUUUGUCGUCAGCUCAGGCACCCUAUCUGAUGGGGCAGGGCGCUCACGGCGUGGAUUACGACGCCAUUAUGGACGAGCUUGCUUCUAUCGACUGCACAGAUAGUAUGGAAGCCGACCCGCAGUUUAUGGCCAAUCUCGGCUUUGCCCCAGGGUCAGACUUGACUGACAUGCUUCGGGGAGAGUAUGGAGGAAUGUGA